GCCCCGCCCCCCGCCGACCACCCCGCAGGCCCCGCUCUCAGGCGUCGGCGCGCGGUGGAGGAGCGGGUGUGAGGCGCGCGCAGACUCAGAAGCCCACCGAGGGUGCCGCGCUGUGUGCGUGUGGAGAUAGUUCCUUAGCCCCGCGGCGCGACCCGAGCGCCCGAAGGCACGGAAGCGCUGACGUGUUUCUGAGGGAGUUUUAGCGGCGUUCCUUUCCCCGUGGGCGAUUACGGUUCUUUUUCUCCCGAGUCUCAAAGCAGACUCGCGUUGGCGGCAGUGUACGCGAGAGUAUCGUGCUUUACGGUUCUUACCACAGUGGAGGUUUGAAUAUGUGUGCUUGUUUUGUUUUUGUAAUCGGAGGGUGACAGGAUCAAGGAUCGUGAAGGUGGAAAACAACCCCUUUAGUUUACAGAUUUAAAAAAGAAAAAAAAAAAAAAAAGCGAGCCAUCUGGAGUGCUACUGGAUGUGGAACCUACGUUCUUCUGACGCGAUGCUGUUCUGUGACAGAUGUAACGUGACUGAAUCGCUCCCUGAAAUAAAGAACGUUCUGUAUAUGUUAAAGGAGUCUCAGGUCCCAGUUGGGUUUGUUGUUUUGUUUGCGUGUUUAUUUUUAAUUUGAUUCAGGAUCAGGAUGGGAAAAUCAGAACUCACGUUUGAGUGCCUGCUGUACGUGGCAUGUGCUAGGAAAUCUCACAUCCCUAACCUUGUAUAAUCCUUACCAUAUCUUGUAAGUCUAUUGAAGACAAUGAAGUAUAUUUGCCUAACGAUGAGAUUUGGACCUAUGAUAUUGAUAGUGGGUUGUGGACAAUGCACCUCAUGGAAGGAGACCUCCCUACCUCCAUGUCAGGAAGUUGCGGUGCUUGCAUUAAUGGAAAGCUGUACGUUUUUGGAGGAUAUGAUGACAAAGGAUACAGCAAUCGACUUUAUUUUGUUAAUUUGCGAACAAGAGAUGGAACCUACAUUUGGGAAAAAAUCACCAACUUUGAAGGUCAACCACCCACACCACGUGAUAAACUUUCCUGCUGGGUAUAUAAAGACAGAUUGAUAUAUUUUGGUGGCUAUGGGUGUAGGAGACACAGUGAACUGCAAGAUUGUUUUGAUGUUCAUGACGCAUCUUGGGAAGAGCAGAUAUUCUGGGGAUGGCAUAAUGAUGUUCACAUAUUUGACACAAAGACACAGAGUUGGCUUCAACCAGAAAUUAAAGCUGGUGUUCCACCGCAGCCGCGCGCCGCCCAUACGUGUGCAGUUCUCGGAAAUAAGGGCUAUAUCUUUGGAGGACGUGUUUUGCAAACUAGGAUGAAUGAUUUGCACUAUCUAAACUUAGAUACCUGGACCUGGUCUGGAAGAAUUCCUAUUAAUGGAGAAAACCCCAAACAUCGGUCAUGGCAUACUUUAACACCAAUAGCUGAUGAUACGCUUUUCCUAUUUGGUGGAUUAAGUGCCGACAAUACUCCAUUAAGUGAUGGUUGGAUUCAUAAUGUCUUAACAAAUUGCUGGAAACAGCUUACACAUUUACCUAAAACAAAACCCAGGUUAUGGCACACAGCCUGUUUGGGAAAAGAAAAUGAAAUAAUGGUAUUUGGUGGGAGCAAAGAUGAUUUACUUUCCUUGGAUACAGGUCAUUGUAAUGAUUUAUUGAUCUUUCAAACACAGCCUUAUUCGCUACUCAGGUCAUGCCUUGACUGCAUUGGUAAAAAUGCUAUAAUUUUAGAAAGUCAGAUAUCUUUAUUACCUCCUAAACUUCUCCAGCAAGUACUCAAAAAAAUAACAUUUUGGACUGCAGCUAAUCACCGAGAAGAACAAAGAGCCCAAAAAGAAGAAACAGAAAAUAAGCAUCCGUGGAUCAGUAGCAAUUAAGUUGUUAUAUAGUCUAUAUAGUUAAUAUGUUUAAACAUUGUAACCAGACUGUAUAUUUACCCCCCAAGUUGGAGGCUUUAUUUAGAAGAUAAAAUUUGAAACAAAAUUUCUAUGUUAGAGUGAUUGUAUGGCAUGAGAUAUAUAGGAAGAAGAUGUUAAUGGCAGAUUAAUUUAUAUUUAUAUUUGUAAAUUAAUUUCCUUAUAAGCUGCAGGAAAAAAUCUACUUUCUGAAAGUAAGUAUAAUUGUAAGAGACUUUAACUCACUGUGUCCUCUUUACUGGAAAGAUUAUACAAAUUUGAGGUGAAUAAGAAAUUACCCCAGGGACUUUAGGGAUUCCCCAACAUAAAGAUAGAUAUAUAAAAACACCUCAUACCGGCUUUCAGAAAGAAUAGAUUUUUCUCAAGUCACUUUAAAAUUACCUAAAGCUUCCCAUUAAAUAACUCAGCUAUUAAAGAACUUCUUUUUAAAUAACUCAUGGAGCUGGCCGACGUGAUAAAAUAGGCAAGCACUGAUGUGGGAAGAAUGUUGACCUCCUACCCUUUCAGCACUCCCCUAAGUAACGCAUUCUUCCUGACCUUCAUCUCAGCGGGGGAAUAAAUGUCUGCCGUCCUCUUCCUGUUGGCUCUGCGUUGUUAGUCUGUCCCAUUUUAUAUGUAUAUAAGGACCAUGUUUGAAAGUGUCUAAAGUGGAGAUUUAUUUAUCAUACAGGCUUUGAAAAUAUUGAGAGGCAGUAUAAUUAUUAACUUCUGAGACCGCUUAAAAUACAUUUUGCCUUGGGGGAGUACUUCUAAAGUAAUUUUCAAUAAAUAAUGAAAUGGGAUGAUAACCUAGUAAUUUGCCUUUCUAGAAACCCCUCAUUUUGGCCCACACCGUUCUACAGAGUUGGUGCUCAAGACCCAGGAUAUUCAAAAUAUGUUAUUUCCCCAUUUGUUUUCAAUAUUAACUGCCUGUAAAGAAAUGGACAUGAAUAUUUAUCUUUAUAUUCCUUAAAUAGUACUUUUGUCAUAAUUAAGAAGUUGUUCAUAUAUCACAGUCAUGCCUGUCCAUUGAAUUACUAAUAACAAGGAAUUACUAAAAACUUGGUAUAUAAAAUUACUCUCUACCAUACCACCAUGCAAGUUGACUCUGAAAUUUAAAAUGUUAGAGUAAAUAUAUUUCUAUGUUGAAGUGUAUGUAUAAUUUAUAACGAAAAUUACAGUAGUUUGUAGAUCUCAUUAAAUUUUAGAGAUAUAUUUUAUAUAUAUGUACUGUAUUUUGGAUGUGUAAAGCUUCUAUUUAUGUAUUGAAAUAUUUUGUGUUUACAUUUUAUUUAUUAUACAAACUAUAUAGAGUUACUAUUUUCCUAGUUUUGUUAGUGUGAAUCAGUCAUUAGAAUUGAUUGUGCAAACAAUAUUUCAGUGUAAGUGUUCAUUUUUUCUUACUAUUCUUCGGCGGAAUAACAGAUUUAGAAAGUGAAUCUCACAGGUAAUAUGGGUCUUAGAAGUAAUUAGUUUAUUACCAUGAACUUCAGUAUCAGCAUCAUAUAAGGAAAAAAAUAUCAAAACCUAUUACUGAUAGAUGACAUUGGGUGGGAUGAACACUUUUUUUUUUUUAA